CCCCACCAGCAGCCGCAUUUUCUUGUCACACAGCUAUAUGGCUGCCCAUGAAAGCUGUUAACUCAGGCUCUCUUUCCAGGGUAAAAACCAUAGUAAGAAACUUCGGAAUUACUAUGCUGCCAACAGCUGUCCAGCUCCUGCCAGGAUGGGUAGUUCCCUUGAGCCAGCCACCCAACCGGUGGUUUCCCUUCCGCUCCAGGGCGCUUCCUCAAAACCAGGAGGGCGGGUGAUCCUGGCCACAGAAAAUGACUACUGCAAAUUGUGUGACGCUUCGUUCAGUUCGCCGGCUGUGGCCCAGGCUCACUACCAAGGGAAGAAUCACGCAAAGAGGUUGCGCCUGGCUGAAGCUCAAAACAACGCAUUCUCGGAGUCAUCAGAAGUGGUGGGCAAAAGGAAGAUGCGGAAAGUAGGGAACGAAUACAAGAUGAUGCAGAGCAGACGAAACGUCUAUGCCGUCCAGAGUAACACAGGCCCUUAUUUCAACCCUCGCUCCCGCCAGCGGAUCCCGCGUGACCUCGCCAUGUGCGUCACCCCCAGCGGCCAGUUCUACUGCUCCAUGUGCAACGCCGGCGCCAGCGAGGAGGCUGAGUUCCGGCAGCAUCUGGAGAGCAAGCAGCACAAGAGCAAAGUCUCGGAGCAGCGCUACAAGAACGAGAUGGAGAACCUGGGCUACGUACAAUGAGACGGCGAUUCCCGCUGGCUCCAUCCUUCCUCCCUCCCUCCCCUCCCGCCAACCCUGAUGGAGGGAGCAACUUCUCUCGCCUGCCGCUUGCCGUUCGCCCUGCUUUUUCUGCUCCGUGCCUUAGGAGUUCCGCUCUCCAGCGCUUUCUCUUUUUUCUCUCUCUCUGUGUUUUAAAGCACCUACAAGGCCAGCAGCGAAAUAGGUGAAGCAAAAGGGUUUUUGCAAAUUUCGCUGCCACUUGGCACACAAGUAUGCGCUGCAGGGUGCCAAGUUCUCCGUGUUGUGUUUGCUCAUUUGCUAAGGCUCAACCUUGCCUACUUCCCCCUACCCCUAAUCUCCCCUUUGCAUGAGACUUGGCCUGGGAAGCACCGGAGCCACAAACAGGCAGGGCGCAAGUUUCGCCCUUUUCUCUCUUCUUCUUUGUCUUCUUCUUCUUUGUUUUCGCCCUGCAUUCCACUGCAGCUUCAGAAGGGGCAGUUUGGAUGAGAGAAAAGCAGCCACAGUGCUGCGCCAGGAGUCCUAGCUCCAUCGGCAGGCCAGAGCGCAAUGGCAGAGUGCACCUCUUGCAAACAGGAGGUCCUGGCUUUGAACCUGUGCACCUUCAGUUGCAUCAAAGGCUCUUGGGUACCAGGGCUGCGGAAGACCUCUGCCCCAAGGCCUGGGCGAGAUGUCGCCGCUUAGAAUUGCCAAUACUGGGCUGGAUGAGCCUGUAGAGACACAGUUGGUAGAAGACAUCUUUGUCUGUUUACAAAGAUUCUGCCGGUGGGCAUAGAGAGGGAAAGCUAAAACUCUGCAGGGUAACUCGCUUAGAAAGUAGAUAUGGGGCCAGAGGUUUGUCUGUCCCCCUCCAAAGCUAGUAAAAACCUAUUGUCCCCAUGGCAUUCUGCCACCCUUUCCUUUCAUACCCAUUGCCCUCCCCUCCUACAAAGUUGGAACCAGCCAUUUUUAAAAAGGGGGUUGGCGUUCCAGGUGCGUUAUUAUUAUUUUUAUUGUACAGCAUCCAAUUCAAAUAUGCAAAAUGAAGUAUGUGAAUAUCCCAGUUUCAGUUUAUUGGGUUUACAAACCGUGAACAUCAAAUACAGUGCAGAGUUAUCAAGACAAUAUUGUUGGGGAAAACGCCUGGGAAGGCCACCACCUUCCCAAGACACCGGGGCGUUUCUCUGAUGGUCACUCUCUGGCUGUAAAUCUUCCUCAGUCCAGAGAGACCGGUGAUAAGCGACCCCUCCCUCCUGAGAGGAGCACGCUCGUCUUCUGGCAUCUCAUAGCAG